CGCAGUGAUCAGCGCUAUCAACAACAACAACAACACGGAGAGCAGUGUCACGAUCCUCCAGCGUUUCAUAAUCAGCCCUGUGUCUUAAUGUAAACCUUCCUUCCCUGCUCUAUCACAUCUUCUUCGUUGUCCGUUCAUGGACUUGAAUAUAUAGUUUGAGUGGAAGUAGCUAAGUUACUGUAGCUUGCUACCCAGCAAUCUUUGCCAACCGGAGUCCGUCAGCAGACCGUCAGAAAUGGCCCAGCAAAGGGGAGUCAACAGCCUGCAGUUCAACCAGGAUCAGAGUUGCUUCUGCUGUUCCAUGGAAACAGGGGUGAGGAUUUACAAUGUGGAGCCCCUGAUGGAGAAAGGACACCUAGAUCAUGAGCAGGUCGGCAGUGUGGCUCAGUGUUCCAUGUUACAUCGCUCCAACCUGCUGGCCCUUGUGGGAGGGGGGGUCAACCCCAAGUUCUCUGAGAUCUCAGUGCUGAUCUGGGACGAUGCUCGGGAGGCGCGGGACUCCAAGGAGAAGCUGGUCCUGGAGUUUACAUUCACCAAGCCGGUGCUGGCCGUCCGGAUGAGACACGACAAGAUCAUCAUCGUCCUCAAGAACAGGAUUUACGUGUACAGUUUCCCGGACAACCCCGUCAAACUGUUCGAGUUCGACACCCGAGACAACCCUAAAGGCCUGUGUGAUCUCUGCCCCAGCCUGGAGAAGCAGCUGCUGGUCUUCCCGGGACACAAGUGCGGCAGCCUGCAGCUGGUGGACCUCUCCAACACCAAGCCAGGCACCUCCUCUGCCCCCUUCACCAUUAACGCCCACCAGAGCGAGAUCGCCUGCCUGGCGCUGAACCAGCCCGGCAGCGUGGCAGCAUCUGCCUCCCGGAAGGGCACCCUGAUCCGCCUCUUCGACACCACCACCCGGGACAAGCUGGUGGAGCUGCGGAGGGGCACCGACCCGGCAACGCUGUACUGCAUAAACUUCAGUCAUGACUCCUCCUUCCUGUGUGCUUCCAGUGACAAAGGCACGGUGCAUAUCUUCGCUCUGAAAGACACCAAACUCAACCGCCGCUCUGCCCUGGCUCGCGUGGGUAAGGUUGGUCCUGUCAUUGGUCAGUAUGUGGACAGUCAGUGGUCAUUGGCUAGCUUCACGGUGCCAGCCGAAUGUGCCUGCAUCUGUGCCUUUGGAAAGAACACCUCCAAGAACGUCAACUCUGUCAUAGCUAUUUGUGUGGACGGGACCUUCCACAAGUACGUCUUCACUCCGGACGGGAACUGUAACAGAGAGGCGUUCGAUGUCUACCUGGACAUCUGUGACGAUGAUGACUUUUGAGGGCGGAGUCCAAGGAGGAAGAGGCUGAGGGGGGGG